AUUGCAGUGAUGGCUUGUUUUACGGUUUACCUGGCUCUCAUUUCAGUUGUGGCACUGGCAAUAACUCUAAACGCAGUGGCCAUCCCACAGGAUGCGGAGUCACUUUUGGCUCUCAAAGAGAGCUUGUCUGGCUAUUCUCUCAAUGACUGGCGAGACGGAGAUCUCUCCAACUUCUGUGAUUGGACGGGCGUCACCUGUGACCACUCCAACCACAGCGUAAUCGCUCUCAAUCUCCAAAACAAGGCCAUCUUUGGCUCAUUACCACUCAACUUCCCCUCCUUUACCCACCUCGCUACACUCAAUCUUUCCUCCAAUUCUAUAACCGGUCCAAUUCCAUCCUCUGCGUUCGCCUCUUGUUCUACUCUAGCUUUUCUUUCUCUCGACCAUAACAAUCUCACCGGCACACUUCCCUUAUCUCUCUCCAACUGUUCCGCGCUUAAAAUCCUCGACCUGUCUGUUAACGAGCUCACUGGUCCCGUACCUUCCAGCCUUUCAAAGUUGUCCAACCUGCAGCAGCUCAACCUCCGUGAGAACAACUUCACAGGCCCAAUUCCUGAAUCUCUGUCAAACUGUACCAAUCUAGUAUUGUUAGAUUUCUGUUUUAACUAUUUAAUCAACGGUACCAUACCCGCAAGGUUCGGCCUUCUUACCAGAUUGCAAAACAUGGGUUUAAGCGGUAACCGUCUCUACGGUCCAGUACCAAAGUCCGUUAUCUCCAAUCUGACUCAACUCCGGAUAUUGAAGCUGGGUUUUAACGGAAUGAGUGGCCCGAUUCCUUCAUGGCUCGGCGAAAUGCCCUUCCUGGAACAGAUUUGGAUGGGAGGGAGUCGAUACGAAGGGACCAUUCCUCCUUCUCUCGGGAACAUAUCAUCUCUCACCAUUUUAGGCUUGUACUUGAAUUCCCUCACGGGUAAUAUUCCUAAAUCAUUCGGCCAGCUUUCCCGCCUGACUGAAUGGAGCAUGCGCCAGAAUUAUCUGACAGGCUCUCUUCCGGCUGAACUGGGGAAUCUUACAAGUCUACAACUUGCACGGUUAUAUGAAAAUUCAUUAAGCGGAAGUAUUCCGAUCGAGUUUGGCCGCCUAAAAUCCCUUCAACAAUUUGAGGCGUGGAACAAUAAUUUCAGCGGAAAGAUUCCAGCAGAGUUGAGCAACUGUUCGGCGUUAGGGCGUCUCAGACUGCAGGGCAAUCAGCUAAGCGGGGGCAUACCUCCACAACUGGGUCGACUACACUUCCUAGCCGAUCUAAAUUUGGAGCAGAAUCAAUUGUCGGGAAUGAUUCCGGAAUCCCUUUCAAACUGUACUAACCUUCAGGGUCUGUCCCUCGGCUACAAUCUGCUACACGGUAACAUUCCUCCAGCUAUUGCAAGCCUGCGGAAUAUAGUUCAUUCAUUUUCAGUGCCCCGUAAUCUACUUAGUGGGAAAAUUCCGGCAGAAAUAGGGGGUAUGCAAUUGGUUACCGUGAUAGACCUUGCCGGCAACCAUUUAGGUGGCGAAAUCCCGGCGAGCCUUGGAAACUGCGUGGAGCUGCUGCAACUGAACCUUUCGAACAAUCAAUUGAAUGGUCAAAUUCCGGAAACCUUGGGCUCACUUAUUACUCUUACGGACUUGGAUCUCUCUGUCAACAAUUUCUCUGGUACCAUACCAAGUUAUCUUGGCGACAUGACAGCUCUCCUGUUUCUGAAUCUUUCUUACAACCAUCUCUCUGGUCCUAUUCCCACCCGGGGUUUAUUCAGAAAUCAGUCAGCCAUGGCUUUAAUUGGAAAUUCUGAUCUGUGCAGUUCAGAAUGUCCGAAAUCCUCAGUUCAGUUGUCCAGCGGUCUCUCAAACCGAUCCAAGUUCCUUAUUAUCGUGGGAUCGUUUGCUUUUGGAGCUCUUGUUCUAACAGCCAUGGUGUACUUGUAUGUUCAUAGAAGAAAAAAGAGCAAGGAUGAGCACGUAGGACAGAGGGAUUUGUUCGUUGAGCAAGAAAUAGUCAGAUUAAAUCACAGCGAGCUGUUCCAUGCGACUUCAGAGUUUAGCGACACAAACAUAAUCGGCUCCGGCAGAAUGGCGACGGUGUAUAGCGGGAGGCUAACUAUAUCCGGCAGAGAACAAGCGGUAGCUGUGAAGAGAUUCAGAGACGAAAUCGCCGGCAGUGAGAGCCUGAUCGCUGAAAUUCGAGCGCUGGCCGUGACUAAACACCGUAACUUAGUUCGCUUGUUGGGGUACUGUUGGGCUUCAAGGGCCAUGGCUUUGGUUAUGGAGAUGAUGCCGAAUCGAACCUUGGCCGAGCACAUUCAAGAAAAGACACUGAACUGGACCAGGUGCUUGAGAAUCGCACGUGGCGUGGCUGAGGGAUUGAAGUACCUUCACCACGAAUGUCCGCAGCCAGUUUUACACUGCGAUUUGAAACCGUCCAACAUCUUGCUGGCCAUGGACUUCGAGCCCAGGAUUGCUGAUUUCGGGAUUUCCAGAAUCCUCAACUACGAUGACAUGACUCAUGGAUUUAGCACUUCCAAUUUGCAUGGGUCCAUCGGCUACAUGCCACCAGAGUAUGCAUUAAGUGGGAGAAUGACAGCGAGAGGAGACGUGUACAGCUAUGGAGUUGUGAUUUUAGAAAUGUUAUCAGGUCAAAAUCCAACGUCAGAGAUGUUUCGGGAGGAAAACACACUUCCACGGUGGACCCUGAGGACAUCCGUGGAUGGCACGCCAUUUGAAGUAAUUGCUACUCACUUUCAUACGGCUCAUGAAGACAGUGAGCAGCAAAUGAUUAAUAUGGUAGAGCUGGGAUUGGCUUGCACUUCGCCCAGACCUGAAAAUCGCCCAACAAUGAAUGAGGUCGUUAAAAUUCUGCAGAGAAUCUCCAACGACAAGACAACCAGCUUUACUUCAGUCAUUGAGCUCAUACAAUCAACUACGUAGCUUCGUUAUUAUGUUUCGCUAACGUUAAUGUGUGUUUCGAUGUGUAGUUGUAUUCACAAUCUACAUAAGACUAGUAUUUGUAGUUUUUACGUCUAAAACAUG